AUGGACGGGCUGCCCGGUCGGGCGCUGGGGGCCGCCUGCCUUGUGAUGCUGGCGGUCGGCUGGCUGGGGCCCGGGGUCUGGGGCUCUCCCACGCCCCCGCUGUCGCCCGCCGCGCCGCAGCCGCCCCCGCCGCCGCCCGGAGCCCCCGGCGGCGCGCAGGACACCUGCACGUCGUGCGGCGGUUUCCGGCGGCCGGAGGAGCUGGGCCGGGUAGACGGCGACUUCCUGGAGGCGGUGAAGCGGCACAUCUUGAGCCGCCUGCAGAUGCGGGGCCGGCCCAACAUCACACACGCCGUGCCCAAGGCCGCCAUGGUCACGGCCCUGCGCAAGCUGCACGCGGGCAAGGUGCGCGAGGACGGCCGGGUGGAGAUCCCGCACCUCGACGGCCACGCCAGCCCGGGCGCCGACGGCCCGGAGCGCGUCUCCGAGAUCAUCAGCUUCGCCGAGACAGAUGGCCUGGCCUCCUCCCGGGUCCGCCUGUACUUCUUCAUCUCCAACGAAGGCAACCAGAACCUGUUUGUAGUGCAGGCCAGCCUGUGGCUCUACCUGAAGCUGCUGCCCUACGUCCUGGAGAAGGGCGGCCGGCGGAAGGUGCGGGUAAAGGUGUACUUCCAGGAGCAGGGCCCUGGCGACCGCUGGGCCGCAGUGGAGAAGCGUGUGGACCUCAAGCGCAGCGGCUGGCACACCUUCCCGCUCACCGAACCCAUCCAGGCCCUGUUCUCACGCGGCGAGCGGCGUCUCAGCCUGGACGUGCAGUGCGACGGCUGCCGGGAGCUGGCCGUGGUGCCCGUGUUCGUGGACCCGGGCGAGGAGUCGCACCGGCCCUUCGUGGUGGUGCAGGCGCGGCUGGGCGACAGCAGGCACCGUAUCCGCAAGCGGGGCCUGGAGUGCGACGGAAGGACCAACCUGUGCUGCCGGCAGCAGUUCUUCAUCGACUUCCGCCUCAUCGGCUGGAACGACUGGAUCAUUGCGCCCACCGGCUACUAUGGGAACUACUGCGAGGGCAGCUGCCCUGCCUACCUGGCGGGGGUGCCGGGCUCGGCCUCCUCCUUCCACACGGCCGUGGUAAACCAGUACCGCAUGCGGGGGCUGAACCCGGGCACCGUGAACUCCUGCUGUAUCCCCACCAAGCUGAGCACCAUGUCCAUGCUCUACUUCGACGACGAGUACAACAUUGUCAAGCGGGACGUGCCCAAUAUGAUCGUGGAGGAGUGCGGCUGCGCAUGAGGGCGCGGCUCCAUCGGGGCAUGGGGACCAGGGUGUGGCAAGUGGAGCGCGGUGACGCCCGGGAGGUGCCCGGGGCCGGCCUGAGAUCUUUUCCUACUUCCUCAUCCAGCAAUCUGUCAAAAACAGAGGGAGAACCCUCCAUGGACACGAAGGACUGGACAAUGCACACGUAGACGCGCACAGCCAGACGCAUCCUGCCACCCACAUGGCAGCCUCCGGGAUCCCAGCAAGUGUAUGCAGUGAUAAAUAGCAGCUCAGCCACAAAUGCCUGUCGCUCGGAGAGAAUGGGGUGAGCAGCCACCGUUCCCCCACGCCCCCCCCCCCCCCCCCAGCUGGCCUGGCCACUCUGAAUCGCGCCUUCCGAGCACACAGAAAGCACAAAGACAAGAGACACAGAGGGAGAGAGAGCGAGCGAACCCGGAGCUUGGAGAGGAGCAGCAGUUGGGGGGUGGGGAGCAGGCAGCCUGCAGAGGGCUGCGUGUCCCGCUUUGCCCGUUCAAGGCCACCGGGGUCCCUACAUCUCUUGGCUGCAACAUGUGGGCUUGCUCCCCUGGCCUGGGAUCCUUCCUGCUGCGGCGAGCCGGGCAGCCUGUCCUUUCCCAUCCUUGGAGAAGGAGGCCCAAAUAGGCUACCACCUGCCAGAGACCGGAGACCAUGGAGCUGUGGUAGUGACCAUUUGACUGUCGCUUGGGGCCCUGGUGUGACUUCUAUGUGUGUGUGUGUUUUGGGGGUGGGGAGGGAGGGAGAGGAGAAGGGUCUUAAUUUGAUGCUUUAACUGAUCACUAGCAGUUGAAUGGUCAUUCAUUCCGGUUGUAUAAUUGAAAAGGGACUUUUCUACCAGGUCUGACCUUUUAAGUUAAAAUCUGAACUGUUCCAAGUGGAACAAAAAAAGUUGCAAUCUGUGCCCUUCCCUGGGGAGAUUCCUCUAGGACUGGUUAGGGAGGGGUGGAAAUGACUCUUAGGCAAGGGGAGGGUGAGCUCUUAGAAGGAGGGAAUGGUGGGGUGAAG